AUGGAAGAGGGGGAGACUUUAAAGACUUACUCUAAUAGAUAUUGGGAAAUGUUUAAUGAAAUAGAUGGAGACUUUGAGGAUGUGGCUAUAAGAACCUUUAAGGUCGGCCUUCCUGCUGAGCACGAAUUAAGGAAGUCCUUGACGAAGAAACCAACACAAAAUAUGCGUCAGCUCAUGGAUCAAAUUGAUAAACACAAACGGGUCGAGGACAAUCAGCAGCAGGGCAAGGGAAAGGCCAAAGUAAUUCCCCUUGACCGAAGAGACUUUAGGUUUGAGAGGUACAAUAACAACCGACCUCAAAGAGACUUUUCUGGACACGCUGGCCUUCCUGCUGCUCAGGACCAUGGACACACUACAGAAGAUUUUCGGACUUUGUGCGACUAUCUUGGGCAGCUGGUUAAGGUUGAGAAAUUGGGACAGUUUUUGCACCAACCUCUAGGACAGGGGAAUCAUACUAAGACAGACGCGGUCCCUAAGUUUAAGCAUAGGAAGAAUGAAGCCCGACCAAUCUUGAGUUUUUCCGUUGAUGAUAAGGUGGGAACGGUUCAGCCACAUGAUGAUACCUUAGUGGUUACUCUUCAUAUAGGAGGGUAUGAUGUAAGGAGGGUCUUGGUGGAUCAGGGUAGUGGCGUAGAGAUUAUGUAUCCUAAUAUGUACAAGAGACUUAAUUUGAAACCUGAGAAUUUAGUUAGCUAUGACUCCCCUUUAGUUGGGUUUGAUGGGAAGAUUGUUAUACCAAAAGGAUUAAUCAAGCUGCUUGUUCAAGCGAGGUCAGAGGUGGUGGAUGUGAACUUCAUUGUGGUGGAUGCUUACUUACCAUAUAUUGCCAUCUUAGCAAGGCCAUGGCUUCAUACUAUGGGAGCUGUUUCCUCAUCUUUGCACUUAAAAGUGAAGUAUCCCUUUGGGGACCAUGUUGAAGAGCUAGUCGGAAGCCAAGCCAUGGCAAGGUAG